GCGUUGGGGUGAGGCCCUCACUUCAUCCGGCGACUAGCACCAUGCCGGCAGUCUGCAACAUGGCCUCCAUCUCUGAGCUCGCCUGCAUCUACUCCACCCUCAUCCUCCACGCCGAUGACGUGAAGGUCACGGAGGAUAAGAUCAAUGCCCUCAUUAAAGCAGUUGGUGUCAAUGUUGAGCCUUUCUGGCCUGGCUUGUUUGCAAAGGCCCUGGCCAAUGUCAACAUUGGGAGCCUCAUGUGUAAUUUAGGAGCUGGUGGGCCUGCUCCCUCCACUGCUGCUGCCCUAGCGGAGAAGAAAGUGGAAGCAAAGAAGGAAGAAUCCGAGGAGUCUGAUGAUGACAUGGUCUUUGGUCUUUUUGACUAGGCGUUUUGCUACCAUGGCUAAUAAAAAGAUAAACCU